AGUCGAAUCAAUAGAGCAUGCCCAUUCCACUCUUUUUGAGUUUCGUGGUGCGAACUGGAUAAAGGUCAGGAGAUUCUUUAAAUCUCCCCGAGGUUACAAAAAAAUGAAACUUUUGUGAAGUCUCCAAAUCCAAAUCCAAACAAGAGAUGGAGUAUUUGAGGCGAUUUUUAGCACACUCGUAUCAUGUUGUGCAAGUGAUUUAUAAAGUCUCAAGUACAACAACAACAACUAGCACUACUUUUCCAUUUCUUGAUCUUCAUCUUGACCACUAGGACUGUAAUCUCCAUCGUAAAAUAAAGGAUGAGGCUUCAACUUGCCAUUUCGCUAGCCAGCGCUGUAGAGGGGUCUGUGCCAACGCCUGGGACGACUGGCGCUGCAAGCAGCGUUAGUGGUCCAGGGGGCCUGGGACUGCUUUCCCCUGCGCGGACGAGGACUACUUCAACAGAGGCAAGCACGGCAUCCACCACGAAAAGCGAUGAAGCUGCAGACCAUGAGUUUCGUAGCAGGCAGACUGAGACGUCUUCAGGUCUUCAGUCUGACCAUGCACCUGCUUCGAGUGCUGCAAGUGGAUGUGCGACAUCAGAUGAUAAUCAUCAAGGAUUAGGAGAGUCAUCUGAGUCGUCGACAAGUGGGCCAGCCAACUCGUCCGCCGGACCGUCUGAUAAUUCGACGUGGAGGUCGACGUUUUGGGAGGUCGUUGAGGGAAUGACGUCUGAUUUCCGGGCCCUAGCGUGCUGUGGGACGUGCGUGACUGGCCGCACGAAGCGUGACUCGGCGGACGCGGCCGCGCAGCGCGCUUAUGCUAAGCAGUUGAUUGCCCAACGAGCGGCAAAGCGGGCCUUGCUUGAACCACGUGAGGCUGCGGACGCCGCUGGCACGGCAGGCGAAGACAGCGGUUGUCUCGGCAGUUCCUUCGUAGCAGGACGCUCUUGUGGAUCCGCGACUGUAUCGCGUGAAGAAGUCGGACUUUGCUCACUUACGACUCCAGUUUCUUGCGGUGGUAUUGCUAACACCCUAGCGUGUGUAUCGACAAGGCCAAGCACAAGUGGAUCCACCGCACAGCUUCGUCCGUUUCAAGGGGUUGGACGGAUGCUCAAGGACCAUGUAUCCUCGCCCGAUGCUGCGAGUGAUGCUGAGGCUGCAACGGGUGAGCUACCUGCUCAAACGAUGGAUCAGCGUGCAAGCUCUUCAGCAGGGUCAUCAUUCUCAGACCGUGGAAGUCAUUCUGCAUCUGCUUCGUCCAGUGAUACACAAUGA